AUGGAUACUGGUUGCUUCAUUCUCUCUUUCACAAUUGCAAUGUUGUUCUAUGUAUUGGCUGGAUCAGCUAUUGAAGUUAAAAACAUCACCACAGAUCAAUCUGCCCUUCUAGCCUUGAAAGAUCACAUUGUUGUCGACUCUCAAAAACUCUUGCAAACAAAUUGGUCUACUGCUACCUCCGUUUGCACCUGGAUAGGUGUCACUUGCGAAGCUCGCCACCAUAGAGUCACUGCCUUGAAUCUCUUCAGCAUGGGUCUUACAGGAACCAUCCCCCCUCAUAUUGGGAACUUAUCCUUCCUAUCUUGGCUCUCCUUUGGAAAUAACAGUUUUCACGGCUCUUUGCCAAUUGAGUUAGCCAGAUUACGUCGGCUUCGACAUAUUAGCUUGGCAUACAAUAACUUCAGUGGUGAAAUACCAUCGUGGCUUGGAGAUCUUUCUAACCUUCGAAGUAUGAACUUGUACUGCAAUAAUUUCAUUGACGGCAUCCCUACUUCUUUGUUCAACUUGUCAAAACUAGAGAUGUUGUACUUAGGCAACAAUAGUCUACGAGGAUCCAUACCUGAAGCCAUUAGUAACCUCCACAACUUAAAGCAGCUAUAUUUGGAUCAUAAUGAGCUGUCAGGCUAUAUUCCCUCCACCAUCUUCAAUAUGUCUUCCUUGCAAUUUAUGAUUAUCAACAACAACUGGCUUUCGGGGUCAAUGCCUCCCACUAUCAAUAUCAAUACUUCUUCAUUGCGACAUCUUAUUGUCAAUACUAAUAACAUGUCUGGUCAUCUUCCCUUGGAUAUGUUCUACGAUCUACCCCAAUUAGAAUAUCUCUACUUGCAUGAGAACAUGUACUCUGGAAGGAUUCCGCCAAGUUUAUUUCUGUGCAAACAACUAGUGUAUCUAUCAUUGGGAGCGAACAAUUUCCAAGGAAGCAUCCCUGAAGAAAUCAGGAAUUUGACGAGGCUUCAAGGGUUGUAUCUUGGCCCUAACAACUUCAAUGGCAAAAUUCCAGGACAGAUAGGUGACUUGAAGAGUUUGGAGUAUUUACGCAUACAACAAUGUCACCUAACAGGGCCAAUUCCUCUGGUUAUUAAGAAUUUGACCCUACUGAAGGGGAUUGAUUUUACUUCUAACUAUUUGUCAGGCACCAUACCUGAGAUCGAUAACCUCAACCAGUUACAAUAUUUAUCAUUAGGAUUUAACAGAAUCAGUGGCUUCAUUCCAUCAACAAUUUUUAACAUCUCAACCAUGCAAGACAUUUAUCUAUCAGAUAACGACCUCUUUGGGAGGCUUCCAGCAAGCACAGGCCUCUGGCUUCCAAGUCUUGAAUACCUUGAGAUCGCAAACAACAAACUCACUGGACCAAUCCCCAGUUCUAUCUCCAACGCUUCUCAGCUAAUUAUGUUGGUUUUAUAUACCAAUGCCUUCUCUGGUUUUAUUCCCGAUUCACUUGGUAAUUUAGGAAAUUUGAAGUGGCUCGAUUUUUCAGACAAUCAUUUAACAACUGAGCCUUCAUCUGUCGGAAUGAGCUUCCUAUCAUCUUUGUCAAACUGCAAACAUCUGACCCACUUGGCAAUCUGUCCUAAUCCAUUGGAUGGAACUCUUCCAAUUUCUAUAGGAAAUCUAUCUGCUUCUAUGCAAUAUUUCUAUGCAAGUGGAUGCAACAUUAAAGGUAACAUUCCUGUAGAAAUUGGCAAUCUAACCAACUUGAUAUGGUUGGAUCUUGGAUACAAUGAUUUCACAGGAACCAUUCCAACCUCUAUUAGAACGUUAGUGGAGAUCCAGCGCUUGGUUCUUUACAAGAAUAAACUACAAGGAGCCAUCCCUAUAGAGUUAUGUGAUUUGAAGAAAGUGUCUGACUUAUUUUUGGGGUUUAAUAAGCUUUCUGGACCAAUCCCCCAAUGCAUAGGUAAUCUUGAAUCUCUAAGGAAGCUUGAACUAAGCUUCAAUAACCUAACAGGGACGAUACCCUCAACCCUGUGGAUGUUACGAGAUAUCUUGCUUCUAAACUUGUCUGGGAAUUCUCUCAAUGGCUCCCUAUCACCAGACAUUCAAAACUUGAAGGUUGUGGUACAAGUAGAUAUGUCCAACAACUACUUGUCAGGAGACAUGCCAAAUAGUUAUACUCAUCUCACUGAUUUACAAUAUCUUUGUUUAUCAAAUAAUAGAUUGCAGGGUCAUAUUCCCCAAUCAUUUGGUAACUUGAUUAGCUUAGAAUUCUUGGAUCUGUCCAAUAACAGUAUCUCUGGAGAAAUUCCCAAGUCCUUGGAGGGACUCUUGUAUCUCAAGUAUUUGAACUUGUCUUUCAAUAGACUCGAGGGAGCAAUUCCUAAUGGAGGGCCAUUUACCAACUUUUCUAUUCAAUCAUUUGUUGGGAACACAGCAUUGUGUGGUGCGCCAUGGCUACGACUCCCACCUUGCAAACCUAGUUCCACUAAAACAUCAAGGAAAGUUGUUGUAGUAUAUAUCCUGACAAGUACUGCAUUGAUGCUCCUUGUUCUAGUCAUCCUACUUUUGUUCUUCAGAUAUCAAAAGAACAAAAGGAAACUUCCAGUUGUUGAUGAAGGUGCAUUAUCUCUAACGACAUGGAGAAGAACUUCCUAUCAUGAACUUGUGCGGGCAACAGAUGGUUUCGAUGAAAGGAACCUAAUAGGCAGAGGAAGUUAUGGUACAGUUUACAAGGGAAUACUAGCUAAUGGGAUCAAUGUAGCGGUAAAGGUAUAUAACUUGCAACUUGAAGGAGGAUAUCGAAGUUUUGAAUCUGAAUGCGAGGUAAUCGGCAAUAUACGCCAUCGAAACCUGGUGAAAGUCAUCAGUUGCUGUUCAAAUCCUCUUCAUGAUUUCAAGGCCAUCUUACUAGACUACAUGCCCAAUGGAAGCUUGGAGAAAUGGCUGCAUUCUGACACUCAUCAUUUGGACAUUUUGAAGAGAUUGGAAAUUAUGAUAGAUGUUGCUUCAGCAUUGGAGUAUCUUCAUUAUGGUUAUUCAACCACAAUUUUACACUGUGAUAUAAAGCCAAGCAAUGUGUUGUUGGAUGAAAAUAUGGUUGGGCAUUUGGCUGACUUUGGCAUCGCCAAGCUCUUAGGGGAAGGACAAUCUAUGACGCCGACCCAAACCCUGGCGACAAUUGGGUAUAUGGCCCCAGGUUGUUUCUAAUUCAUCAUGUUAGAUACUAGAUUUUAAACUUCUCUUUCUAAUUUCUUUUUGCUGUAUGAAUUUGAUAGAGUACGGGAGUGAAGGAAAUAUAUCCAGAAAAGGUGAUGUUUAUAGCUACGGAAUCCUGUUGAUGGAAACAAUUACAAGCAAGAAGCCAACAGAUGAAAUAUUUUCAGGGGAUAUGAGCUUGAAGAAGCUGGUUGGUGACUCACUAUUAAAUGGCUCAGUCACUGAAGUUGUCAACUCCGAUUUGUUACUUCAAAACGAUCUGCAUUUUGCUGCGAAGAAGCAAUGCGUGUCAUCAAUCCUGAGUUUGGCUAUUGAUUGCACCACUGAUUCACCUGAUGAGAGGAUCAAUACGGAAGAGGUAGGAAGGAGACUUGGGAGAAUAAAAUCUGCGCUUCUUGCUAGUAUUGGAAGACGAGCAAGGUAUCUAGCAGGGUAGGAGUCGAUCAAGUUCCCGCUUUGAAAUGGAAAAGCAAAAAAGCUGUCUUUUGCUCUGCUAUGGUUGUUAAUAUUUAUGCAAGACUGUAUCCAUUACUUUGCAAGAAUAAAAUUAUAUUUUAAGUUACAGUGGCACCUCUUACCUUGACUAAAGAUUCAGGGUCGGACACAGCAUUAGAUAAACAAAACUCAAUCAUGUUUGUUUAAACUAGGAAAAAUAAAUUUAAAGAAGACAAACAUAAGGAUAAAAUAAUGGAGAUGACUCCAUAUGUUUGUUCUGACCUUAACUGAAAGAAAACCCACAAAAAUGAAUGCCUUGAAUGGCGAUAGUAGGGCAAAAAAAAAAAAAAGAACAAGAAGUAAUGCAGUUCUCAUCAGAAUAUUUUCUCUGAAAUAUGGAUCACUUAAAAAAGUAUCGACACAGUAUCCAAGUACAGUUACCUAGGAGCAAACGAACUUAGCGCUUCUUCAAUACGCUCGCUAUUUUCUUUCUCUGCAACCGAAGAACCAUCAAUCAAUAAUCCAAUCAACCAAUUUUCCUUAUUCAAGAAGAAUUAAUAGUGACUAGCAUCUCGCUGCGCGGAUGGCGCAACUCAAUGCACUUUCCUUCAAGGUGAUAGAUAAACCAUAGACAAAACAUCAAAGUGCAUACAUAAUAAAGGGAAGAAAACAAUAAUCAUCAAGCUUUGCAAAUGACCUAUUGUCGUAGGAAACCAUUUUUAUUUUGAUAUACAAAGACUUGAAAAUGUAUCAGGCUAUAUGCAGUUAAAAACUUAGAAUAAAGGAAUAUAUUAGUCAUAUAUUUAAGAUCUAUUUAUAUAAGUAUAUAUUAUAUGUUGUGAUCAUACUAAGAAACCAAACAGAAGAUGAAAGGCAGACAACAGAGACGCAGCAUAACAACGAAAAACACAAA